UCUUUCCCAUUUUUGCAACCUUGGUCUUGCUGUUGUCUGGAACGCCGUCCCUAGGCCUCUGCAAGGCUGCCCUCCACUCCCUGUGCAUCAGUGUCACUUCCUAGGGUAGUCUUCCUGGCUGUUCUACUUAGGAACAGUACUUCUCACGUCCACCUGCACACCUUCCGGCAACUUUGUGAGGUCGUUUACCAGACAUUCAAAUCCUGCCUCUCCUAAAAUGUGAGACUGUGGGUGGCUUCUAAAACUGCCUGAAAUGGAAGUAAUAAUGGUAUUUACCUCUGGGCUGUGGGAAGAUUAAUAAAAAUUACAAAAUGCUUCAGGUGCUUAUUUAUGCCAGUCAUUCCAUUGUUUGCCUUUUGAAUAUUUUUUUUAUUCUCAGAACUACCUGGUUAAAGAGGAAUGAUUAUGGUACUGAUUUGGAAGUUGAGGCUUAGGAAAAAAAAAACAAUACGCUCAUCAUGGUCACAUAGCUGAGGAGUGUUAGAUUCAAGAGGCCUGAUUCAAACUUCAGGGGUCUCACGGCAGAGCUGGACACCUGUAUUUGCUUUGCCACAGUGCAAUGCCCUUCUGCUUAGGCAGGUACACAAUACCUGAGGACUAGUGGGUUCAACUGCUGCUGCUGCUAUUUUGGGUGGACCUAUUAUUAUGGUCACUUCUCCCUGGUCAUCUGAUGUCCCUGAGCAUAUGCUGUCUCCUGCCUUCCACAGUCCUCAGGGGAUUGCCAGUGUCUGUGUCAUCUUAAUGGCGUUGGGAGUCUUUUCUCAGCCCAGUUGUAUUAUGUCCAAGGGCAUUAUCUGCCUCCUCCUUGGGCCCAGCACAAAACUGGACCUUCAGAAGGUCUCAGUGAUUCAUGCCUGGGUCAAUCUGUACCUUCACUAAUGACCAAGUGACUCUCAUCCCAUUCUACAGCACAAGGCCCAUAGCACUCUUCUGUUUGAUUUUCCAGGCAUUGGUGACUUUCAGAGAUGUGGCUGUGACCUUCACUAAGGAGGAGUGGAGACAGCUGGACCUGGCUCAGAGGACCCUGUACCAGGAGGUGAUGCUGGAGACCUGUGGGCUUCUGGUCUCACUAGGCCAUUGGGUUCCCAAACCAGAGUUGAUCCACCUGCUGGAGCAUGGACAGGAACUAUGGAUGGUGAAGGGAGGCCUCUCACAUGGCACCUGUGCAGGUGAGAGAGCACAACUUCAGCCCAGAGAGCCAACUACUUGUCUAUUGGUCUUGUCUGAGGGAUCUUUACUCCAGGAAAGCCUGACUCAGAGAUCUUCAUGGGGCUCCCAAUUGGGGAAAUCUAGAGAGCAGAAAGGGCUUUUGGAAAUGCAGAAAUGCCAAAUGAGACCUGAGACAGACCCUCAUGAGAAGCCCCAUCCUGAGAAAAUGAGCCUUGAAGAUAAUGGUUUCAGGACAGAUGAUAAUUUGUGCUCCAGAGUGCUCCAGGAGCGAGGCUCUCCAGGAAGUGUUCUCCAUGAACAGGGCUCACAGCAACCAGGGAAGGACAACCUGAUUCGUUCUGGGACCAACCCUUACAAAUGCAAGCAGUGUGGCAAAAGUUUCAGCAGGAGGUGGUAUCUUGUUCGACAUCAGCGGGUUCACACUGGCAUGAAACCCUAUGAAUGCAAUGCCUGUGGAAAAGCCUUUAGCCAGAGCUCCACCCUCAUCCGGCACUACCUCAUUCACACUGGGGAGAAGCCGUACAAGUGUGUCGAGUGUGGGAAGGCCUUCAAACGCAGGUCCUACCUCAUGCAGCACCAUCCAAUUCACACUGGAGAGAAACCUUAUGAGUGCACUCAGUGUCGAAAGGCUUUCACCCACCGCUCUACUUUUAUUCGCCACAAUAGGACUCACACUGGAGAAAAACCCUUCGAGUGCAAAGAAUGUGAGAAAGCCUUUAGCAAUAGAGCACACCUCAUUCAGCACUACAUCAUCCAUACUGGAGAGAAGCCUUAUGAUUGUAUGGAGUGUGGAAAGGCCUUCAGAUGCAGCUCAGAACUCGUGCAGCACCAGCGGAUUCAUACUGGAGAGAAGCCCUAUGAAUGCACCCAGUGUGGGAAAGCCUUUCACCGGAGCACGUACCUCAUUCAGCACUCUGUCAUCCACACUGGGGAGAUGCCAUAUAAGUGCACUGAGUGUGGAAAAGCCUUCAAACGUAGGUCACACCUCCUGCAGCACCAGCGGAUCCAUACUUGAGAGGAAUCCUGUCACUGCAAUUAAUAAGAGAAAGGCCUUUGCUAUCUGGUCUUCUUUUGUCUUUUGUAAUGGGACCCAGUUUUGAUUAAAAAAAAAAAAAAAACACUUUGAGUGCAAAGAAUGUUGGAAUGCCUUAACACAUGAGCAAUCACAUUGGAGAGAAUCCCUGUGAAUGCAGUGCAUAUGAGGAAGUCUCCAGCUACUGCUCACUUGCCACUCAUCAGAGAAGGUUUCACACCUGAGCAAAAUAUGAAAAGGUAUUUCACCAGUGGAUCUAUUUCCAUCAACAUCAGAGAACUCAAGAUAGGGAAACACUUUUGGAAUGUAACUACCAAUGACAGCCUUUAGCAAAAAGAAAAGUCUUGCCAUUUAGAAUUCAUACUGAAGAGUUAUCACAAAAUUGUCAUUACUGUGAAAAAAAUUUCUGUGAUCAGAUCAUCACUUGUCACAUAAAGAGUCAUGUGAAAUUUGACCCACCUUGGGAUUUAUAAAGUUAUAGAUACCUUCAGUCACAGGUCUCUUUAAUUUACACUGGAAAGUCAUCUUAACAUUAUUAAAAAGAACAAACAUAAAGUAAAAAGAAGGUGAAGAACAUAGUCCAUAAGAGAGAAGAACAAAUGUUGUUACGAACUAAGGCUUUUCUGCCAAGCCUGUUAGUUUUUCAACAGUUUUUUUAUUUUUAUUUAUUUUUUUUAUAAAUUUUUUA